AUGUCAAUGUGCAAGGAAGAUGGGACAAGAGUAGAUAAUCCUACCAAAGUCAAGAAACAAAUAGUGGGGUUUCUUAAGAGACUACUUAGUGAAGUGUCAUCCAACACACCUAUCAAUCAGGAGGUGCUUAGGAAGGCCCCACCUGGAAGACUAACCCAUGACCAGUGCAAUGAUCUAUUGAAAGGGGUUACUGAGGGUGAAAUAAAGGAUGUUCUCUUCUCUCUAAAGGAUAACAAGGCACUAGCCUCGGAUGGGUAUAAUGCUCUAUUCUUUAAGAAGGCAUGGGGUAUUGUUGGGAAUGAUGUGGUGAGGGCUAUUAAGUCUUUCUUUACUUCAGGAUGCUUGCUGAGGGAGUUCAAUGCAACCACAAUCGCAUUGAUACCCAAGGUACCAGACCCUACAAAAUUAAAGACUAUAUCUUGUUGCAAUACCAUUUAUAAAUGCAUUUCCAAGAUCAUUGCCAAUAGGAUCAAGCCAGUCCUGCCCCACUGCAGAUGUAAGCAACAAACGACAUUUGUUGAGGGAAGGAGAAUUGGGAACAACAUUCUGCUUGCCCAGGAAUUGUUAAGGAAUUACCACAGAGAUCAAGGAACACCCCAAUGUGCUCUCAAGGUUGAUUUAAUGAAAGCUUAUGAUACGGUGAGGUGGGACUUUGUCCUUGUUGUACUCAAGACCAUUGGCUUCCCCCAACAAAGUUGUAUAAUGGAUUAUGGAGUGUGUUACUACGACCAGGUCUAUGGGUGA